AAGGUCACGCGUCACCUAUGGUAUGUAAAUUACUUUACAUCCUUUCCUCGUAGGCCGCCUCUGGCUGAAGGAGGUUUAUACUUUGCUGUUUGCUCGAUUUGUACAUCUCUGAUAGUGAAACGCCAAAGCUGAUAAUUGUUUCCGCUGCUAUAAUUUGUAACAAGGGAAAAUGCUUAGCGUCAAAUUAGUUUAUGCAACACUGAAUUUGCUUGCCGGUUUCAUGGUAAGUAUUGCUUGAUAUUUCUAGUACAUUCUUGUUUUUCCUUAAUGGUCUUCCGGAAUUGUUACUGACAUCACUGACGACUGAGAUAAAAACUUUACCGCCCUGUAUAAAAGUGAUACCGGAAGUCUUAAUCACAAUUCUACAACAAGCAUAGGUUGUUCUUUCAAAACGGGACGAAUCAAAUUUCGCUGGAUUCAGCCCGAGGGGGGGGGUAAUAAUUUUUGCGUUUGCGCCCUAAUCUGAUAAUGUAACGUAUAGAUUUCAGAGGUCUGGUCUGAAAACAGGUGUGGAUAAUUACAUUUUUUGGACUGAAAUCCGGUCAGGAUUUGAAGCCCGGGCGGCACACCCCCACCAAGAUAUUCCUAGGAGUAACCCCCCGGGAAUUCCGCUUAUUUAGGAAACAAAUAAUACGAUAGUUGGUUUUGCAGUCACUUGUAGAUUGUAUUUUCAAAUUACAGCUUACCUAUCAUGAUUUAUUACGUCUCAGCAAUCUGAAAUGUUUGGUUUUAAGAAAGACGAUUUUUCUCAGAAAGCGAUUACUAAAGCGUGACGUUUCCGAGAACUGAUUAAAGCAGUCACGCACUAUCAGCUCGAGGAAGUAGAAAGCUCUGAUGAAAGAGACAUGGGGAAAGCGAAGGACUGGGCCCCGCUUGCAUCUCAUGAAUCUCAGUAAACUUUAAAAUAAGUAUGCGUGGUCGCUUAACAAAUGGCGAGCGGUGUUUUAGCUUGUUGGAUGAGUAGAAAACAAAUUUAACGUUUUUUAAAAAAAGAUAUUGUCGUUUAACAAGUCGCUACUUUAAUUGAACGGAAUCGAUCCCACCCAUUUUUGUUCUCGUUCAAAAAAACGUUUAACAUGUUGAAUGGCCUAUUACAGCAUUCAACAUGGCACGAUACGCGCGCUUGGUUGCAACAUUUGUUGGUCAAAAAAUGACCUUUUCCACAUAUUCAGGGGUGUUAUAAUUAAAACGACCGUUCCUUGCACUAAUCUGCUGACUUUAAUAUUGUUUAAACUGUGUUGAAAAAAAAAAAAAAUCUGGGAAAAUGGAACACCGCAGAUGCACUAAGCAUCUUUUCUCACAGUUCUCUUUCACAUCUUUUCGUCUGUGUGAUCAAUCGCUUUUUGUUCUAGGUUCUUAGUGAGAUGAGCAGUCAGGUAUGUGAUAAACUAUCGGAAAGGCCAUGGCAAAAAUACGAUACAUCGUCUGUACCAAAGAUUCCAGGCAUUUAUGCCAUAGGUGAAAAAAAAGUUGGAAGCAAGAAAAUUGAAUACAUGUAUGUUGGAAGAUCAGAGGAUAUGAAAAGAAGAUUACAGCAGCAUAAAGGUCCAACCCCGCAACAAGACAUAGACCAGCGAGUCGCUAGAAAAUUUAAACAGCAGAAGGAAUCUGAGCUCAGGAUAAAGUAUGUUUCCGAAAAGCAGCAGAAAACAAAAGAAGGUGCGUAUAUUGACUGUCUGACGAAGAAGACUGGACACCGUCCUGUGAUGAACAAGCGCUCUGGUGACGGUUGCGCGUCCUGUGCAGUGGGCCACAAACAAAGUACCAGAAACAAAGUUCAGAAGACUGGUUCUAAGAUGAAAUCACCCAGCAAAACAUCUACCAUUAGACCAGUAACCAGUAGAUCUAAAGUGGGAACCUCUGGCCCUACAGCACGGUCAUCCAGUGGCUCUAAAGUGCGAUCUUCAUUCAGAGUGUCUUCUGCUCGAUCUUCGAGUGGGUCCAGAGUGGGGUCCUCUGGUGGUACUAAAGUGCGAUCAGGAGUCAGAGCUUCACCUAGGUCAUUUGGUGGGAGGAGAGGGAGAUAGGCGUUUUCUGAUAGGCCAUGCUUUAUAGAUGUUCGCAGUAGCCGCUUAAUUAGCCUCUGAUGUUAGCUUACCUUAUUAUAGGAAAUUAACGCUCCAUGAAAUUAAGGUAUUCUUGGAAAUUACAGCGACUUAAAUUAACACCAAUUUAAUGGCAAACUUCGAGAGAAGGAAAUUAACGCGAAAAAGACGGUAAAAUUUCAAAAUGAGGGAAAUUAUAUUAACGUGACGUUCACAAAGAAGCAAAGCUUGUUGAGACAACAGGAAAAACGUUUAAACGCGGUAUAAAUGGUUUUUCCCCUCCGUACGAAGAAAAAAAUCUGGCCACUUUGAGGGUUCCACCUACACUUACAAUGGCAGGUCUCCACCCUGAUAAAAUACUCCUCUUUCUUGGGUAUAAAAAAUAUCUGAAUUGCAUGGAAAAUUUUUGGUAAAGAUAAUGGAAAUUGAAGUCGCAGAAACUAACGCUACACUUAAUAAACGGCGCAAAAAUUAACGUUUACAGAAAUUAACGCGACUAAAAUAAACGCGAAUUGUUGACUUUCACGAUAAUUUCAUGAAGCGUUAACCUAUAGUAAGGUAUUCAUUUGGGUUAUAAGUUGAAUCAGGAAACAUUAUUAACCUGUUAUGACUGUCUUAAUACUUAGCCUGGGACCAGCCUCUGCAGUGGAGGAAAAAAACCAAAAAGCGGGGUCAAAUGGGAAAAACAUUGGCGAGCGGUUGCCCGAGCGGUGCCACCCUUUCCCCUCCUCGGAAUACUUCUCGGUUCGCUUCGCUCGCCGAUUUUUUUCUCCUUCUCCCCCAAUGCGGAGCCUGGUCCCAGGCCACUUAAUACUAGAUUGCCGCAAUAUCUCGCACUUGUCACUAAAUGGAGAAACAUUCUCAUUUAUUUGUUGAUGUUUUGCAGAUAAAUACAGCCUUCUUGACAGGUAUUCGAAAUUUAGGGUAAAAAUAAGGCGAACUAACGCAACAGUAGGUGGUGUUCAAAUUUUGAGCUUUGGGCUACCUGAGCACUAAGUUGCUGCCGAUAUCUCUUGGAUCUGUGACGUGGUAGAUUGUAGUCUAAAAGGAAAAUUAGGUUUACCCAGCUAGCACUGCAAGUUAUAAUCCGGCCUGUGAUCCCAGAACCACAUAAAGGAGCUUCAAUUAAAACAAAACGAAAACACAC